AUUGAUCCCGUUUGGGGUCGGACCACAGUGAGCUCUCGCACCUACACAGCGGGGGGCUACCGCUGUUGAGCUCGGGGGGACUGAUGCUGCAAACUGUGUUGGGCUCAGAAGCAACACACAGGAGUGACAGACUGUGCGUGUGGGUGGCUGUGCCAGUUUAAAAGACUAGACGAGGCAGAAAAUGCUUGCUGUGAUGGUUAAGAAUGUGGUUACAGAUUAGCAGGGGAGCGGUGAGGUCUGAUGUACAAAGAGUCAGCUGGGAAAAUAUGCUCAGUGUUUUGGGGGUGAGGGGAAGAGGAAGGCUGAGAGGAGAGAGAGAGAAACACUACUGAAGGCAGAGAUGUAUAUGUGAGAGAGAGAGAGAGAGAGAGCGAUACAAGGACAGACGGCUCUGAGGGGAGGGGAGGAAACACUUACACAGACUCUGUCACACCUUCCACACAGCCUCGCAGCCUCUGUGAGAGACUCAGCAGAUCUUGACGUUGUGAGGAAAGAUGCACAUGAAAGGAGCAGGACAAUAGCUCCUGGGAGAAAUACAUGCUGAGGACUAUACAGCAGCAUUUCAGAGAGAGCAACAGAGGCAACGUUUAGAGGUUUAUUCUGCUGCUGAGGACCUUAAAGAGGACAAGAGCUUUACGUUCUUUGGAGGGGUUUCUCCUCUUCUGCUGCCGCUGUGAGGUUACAGUCUCCGUGCUCCCUUGCACAGCAUCAGAAAGGACUGAUUUUAAAAGCCUGAGACAAUGAGUGAGGCGAAAAAAGGAGAGAUAGCAAUCCGGGAUAAAGCCAUCCUGCACCAGCAGAGGCGUCUGAAGCAGGCCACCCAGUUCACACACAAGGACUCUGCUGACCUCCUGCCCCUGGAUGGUCUGAAGAGACUGGGCACGUCUAAAGACUUGCAACCUCACAGCAUCGUGCAGCGUCGCCUGCUGGAGGGAAACAUCACGCGACUCAGAGGUGAGGGCCGGGACCUCAGCACCAGGGUUCGCUCCCCACUGGCCGACACCAAGGACGGACCUGCUGACACCGAGGAGAGGAGCGAGAGCACGGCCGAUGACUCCACAGAGGAGAGGGAGUCUUUGGAGGAAAGCGAAAGGAGCCUACGGUCGGACGAGGAGGACGACAGCAGCGAGGCCGGAGCCAGACAGACAGCUGAGAAGCCCGAGGGCGGGGAGAGCUCGCCUGUCCUAACUGCUCUCAUCAUUCAGUGCAAGUGCUGCGAGACUGAAGUCAAGGCAUCCAUCAACACCGGCAGCCAACACAACCACAUCUCCACCUCCUGCUGUCAGAGGCUGGGACUGGUGCCCAGACAGGCCAGUUCACCAUGCGACGUGAACAGCUCGGUGACGGAGCUGCAGCUGCAGCUGGGCACACAGAGAGUCCAGUGUUCAGCUUACAUUAAAGAGGACGAGGCGUUCGAGCUGUGCCUGGGUCUGCAGACUCUUUUGGAACUUAAAUGCUGCUUGGAUCUGAGCAGUCGGGUCCUGAAGCUGCAGGGCUGUGGCGAGGAUCUGCCCUUCCUGAACCCCUUGACCGACAGCCAGUGCCAACACGACACCAACGAGAACCUGUGAGACCGACUCGGCAGCAGCGACCACGUCCUCCUAAAGCCUAUUUGGUUGCAGCAAUGCGGCACGAUGCUGUUCAUGUCUGGGCUGUGGGGUCACCGUGUCUCUCACUGCCAGAACAUGGAUGAGCAUUUGCAUCAGUUGUGCUUGAGUUUACAUCUUUGUGUUGGUAGAAUUAAGACAUUCACCAUGAUUAUCGCUUAUAUAAAACUAGUCUAGUAAACAGAGGAAAAUCCAGUCUUGUAAGUUUAAUCAUUCUUUGUGAUUAGACUAUAUAUUCAAACCAAUUUGUCUGCUGAGCUGCUCAAAUACACCAAUGCACUAAAAGGGAAAACCAUAAUAAUCCUUAAAGUGAUUUUUUGUGGAAUAUUUUGUGAUUUAACUGUAAAAAAUACUUUGAGUCAUAGAGUGAAUGAAAAACAAGUUAAUUGCGAAGUUAAACAACUUCACUUAAGAUAUUCUUAAAGGAAUAAUUUUAUAUUUGGAAACGUUUAGCAACAACAUUAGCCUAUCAGCACCAUUAAAACUCACUAUUUAACAUAUUACAGCUAAUUUCUGAAGACCAUACGAACACUAAAUGUACAAAAUAAAAGUUGUACGUAAUAUAAAGGCUGACAAAAACUAAUAUAAGCAUAUUAAAGUUUUUUUUAAAGCUUUUUAUAGAUGAAACCAGAUUGCUAUUCCAACCUAACUUUCUUCUAGCAAAUACUUUAGCAACUGAUCCAAAACAUUAGUCAUACUCUAGGAUUUAUCAACUAUGUGUGUCGACCAUUUAUUUGAAAAGCUAUUAAGACUGAUCCACUUAGACAGGUCUCCACCACUUACACCAUCUGUGACGUUUAGCUAGCAACAUCAACCCAUUCUUUCAUUUUCCAAUAAAUUUGGCAAAAUAAUGAUUGUGUUUUUCAACCACUCCAAAUUUUAGCUUUUUGUAUAUAACUUUCUCCUAUUUUGAUUAUUUUGUCUGGCAGCUUUUAGCUACUCUGUUUUCACUCUUUAGCUAUGAUCUUUAGCCAUCAGUAUCAACUGUUCAUUCAUAGCUGUGGCCAGCAGCUGAAUUUUUUCCCAGACAAUUAUCUGUUGCUUUGGCUAUCACACCAUUGACCCAUCAGCUUUGACCUGCUUCAACUUUAAUUCACGUGCCCGUGAUUUAAGUUAUCAUAUUUACUCCAUGCUAUUUCCAACUAACUUUCCAACUUCCAACUUGGAAAGUUUCCAGCUUCCAGUUUAUAAAGUUAAUGUUUAUUUUAAAGUUGUUUUUUUUUAGUUCAAUUCUUUACUUUACCUGAAUAUUUGAUUUAAUAUCAGUAAUUUUACCUGGCUAUGUAUAACUUAAAGCUAUUGGCUUUGAAUUGCUAUGUAUCUGUUUCAGGUAUUAUCAAUUUAUUUUAUCAGUUUUGCUAACAAAUAAUCACAGUUGUGCAGAAAAACAGUAUUUCCAUUGUUUGUUAUCUUAACUGUCUGCAAAUGCAAAAAAAUUAGUAUACCGAACAGUUUCUGAUUCAUAAACAGCAAUUAAACAGCAUAAUAUUUUUCCCCAAAUCCUCCUCCAGUAAAACUUUCACCUACGAGGGGAAAACCCCUGCUCCCUCAGUGAUAUAAUAAUUUACGUGUAUCUACCUAAUUUGAAUGGUUACUGAACCAUAGUUAUUCAAAAGACACAAACAGUUUGACAUAUUCAAGAGAAAUAGUCAUAGAAAACAGAGAAAUACAAACUGAUUUUUGCAUGUUAACCUUGAAAUUUUCAAAUUUUAGGAAACAAAAGUAAAAAAUUAAAAUUUAGGAAUGUUGCAUACUGUGUCACAUUUAUCCUCAACUGUAAUAAUUAUAUAAACGCUUUAUUAUUUCCACUCUUUAGCAAUUAUUCUUUUUUUACCUGUUAUUCCACAGCUGUAUCUACAUAGUUUUCCUCCAUCUAUCCCUAACUUGUACCCAUCUGUUUGCUCAUUAUUUUUAACUAACAGUUUCCAAUAGUUACGCAUGUAUUCAGCAAAGUACACAGUUUUUUUCCAGUUAUUUUUAAACUUUAUCUGCACUCUUUAAACUCUAUUGGAUGAUAUAGCUUUAUUCUUUCAGAUGGUCUUGUGUGCAACAAGAGCGUCAAGCUAACAAAGGUCCUCUCCUAUCUUACCUCGUACCCCUGGAAUCAGUGGAUUUAACAUAUUGCCUUAACAUGUUCAUUAGUGAGGCUUUAAUUGGUGCUGGAAGGCUUCUUUUUCUCACCUUUGGACCAAGCCAGGCUGGUUUUUUUAAAUCAACAUUUCCUGGCUGUAGCCUUAUAUUUAUCAGACAGACCGGUGUCAGUCUUCUUGCUGUCAUCAAUAUGCUGUAUGAAGCUGUAGAAGCUGUAUUAAGCACAUUUCCCAAACUACAUUUAAGACACGACACGCCUCAUACAAAAACGAAGAGUCUUCAAGCUAUUUCCUGAGUGUUAAAAGAAAAUGUUGAGAAGCUUAGGAUUCUAGUGUAAUUAAGUGUGGAUCAGGCUACCUCCUUAAAGACACAGACUGGUUCUCAUAGAGAAUUUCAAGAGAUCUAAGGAAACAUUUCUCAAGUAGAUAUAUUUAGCUUUGUAAAGUCCCUUCAUUCUUUUUUUCCCUCAUAAAGAGACUGAUUUGGUUAUGUUUUCCAAGAGCACACUUUCCAGCCCGUCACGAUGGCCUAGACUGAGUUGUGGUAGUUCCCUAUAAAUCUCCUCAUAUAAAAAUAGACUUAAGGCCAGCCGGUUAAAUAUAUCAAGAGUCAGAAAUAUCAAAACAUUCCAUCUGCAUGACUUUGUAAAGUUCUGCCUUUGUAUAAGUCUGCAUGUUUAUGUACUAGUCUGAUUGUGUCAUGUUGAAAGUCUGAAGGGGCUGGAUGUGUGUGCAUUAUAAGCCCAGAAGGGUUUUCUGCCAUCUUAUAACAGCAGCUCCUGUUUCACGUGGGAAAAAAGUGGAACAGGUCCCAUCGUCCCAAAACUGGUACAGCGAGCUCCGGUCAGAACAAGCUGCCAAAAGCCGACCCCCGCUGCCUUCCCUUUCUGACUCUUUCAGGAGAUUUUAACCACUCGGCUAAGGCUGCACUUGUGCCAAGGCACCUCUUCAAGCUUAUCUUCAUUUAGGCAACUGAUCUUCUUUGUGUAUUUGCCGCCAUUUUUUGGCUGAUGUUAUUCACUCUUGAUGCCUCAUGUUUGCUGAUUUGCCUCCCCACUACAGUGCCACCUGCCUCUCUUGUAUGUGUUUUCAUAGUGUGGAGAGUAAGGAAGCUGCCUCAGAUGUGCUCACCGAAAGCACCAUCAUGCUCUGCUUUAACAACACCCGUGCUGCUCCACGCUUUUUGACCGUGCUACAGCAACCAUCUAGCCUAUUCUUGGCGGUCAUGAACGUGCAGAUUGGAAAUAUUUGUUUCUCUUUGUUGUGUUAGUGACCUUCCUAUGACGUGUGAGAGGAAUCGAUGUAUGACAGAAAUUUAUUUUUGGUGUUUUUCUUCUUCUGGACAGUAUUUUCUCUGCCUAAUAAAGUAUGUAUUCUGGCUA